AUGGCUGGAUGCGACACAAAUAAAACUACGAUAGCCUCGAGGACCACCACGAGGGCAAAGCAAACAAAAUCUGCUGCAACUCGUAGAUUUGUUGGCGUGAGGCAAAGGCCUUCGGGGAGAUGGGUGGCUGAGAUCAAGAACUCGUCUCAAUGCGUAAGAUUGUGGCUUGGAACUUAUGAUACACCUGAAGAAGCUGCCCGUGCCUAUGAUGAUGCAGCUCGUGCCUUACGUGGAGAAAAUGCGCGUACAAACUUUGCUGUAGUGAAUACAAACCAAGUCAUUUCAUCCGAAUCAAAUGGGAAUGGAGCGGUAUCUGAGUCUGACACCAAGAAUGGACUAAGUUUUUCUUCCUUGAAAGCUAAGUUAAGCAAGAAUUUGCAGAGUAUCAUGGCCAGGAACUCGGAGAAUAAGGCGACCAAGAGUAGAGUAAGCGACCACUUCACUUUUGCUAGUAUCUUCCACUUCCGAGGCUAUAAUCAAUACAAUCAAAAUCCUGCUGAUAUAAAGAAAAUAGAGAAGGCAGUGCAACCAAGCGUCAUUGUGCCUCAUGUGUCUGAUGAGCCCUCUUCAUGGGAGAGUUCUACCGUCUCAGAUUACAGCAACGAAUGGGCUAGUUUCCGGUACCAUGGAAUGGAUUCAGAUGGAUCAGAAAUGAACGAAGUUAAUAAUUUUGGCGAACAAGGGUUUGGGGAUCAAAAUAUGGGGUGGAUUAGUAGUGUAGAUAAUGGAAGCGAUGAGUCACGAAGCAAAAGGUUUAAGGUUUCUUCCUCAGUCGUCAUUCCACCAACAUUUGGCGAAUCUCUCAUCCAUGAUUCAGAUAGAGCAUUGGGAUAUGAAGCAGCUUCUUUCUGGAGAGAAAAAGACUGUAGCUUGACUCUUAAAAGGUUGAAUCUUAAGCUUUUCUUUGCAUUCAUUCUUUCAUUUUUCACUAGGUACUUCCAGCUUUAG